GACACUUAGCAAAAUGGUUCUUCUGUGGCUCAGGUGGCAAAGUGUUGCAAGGCUGGCUGCUUACCGUUUUUAUUCUGGCCCGUGCCAGCACCGCCUUGAUAUUUGGCAAAGAGAAAAGGACAAGGAGCGGCAGAAUAUGUUCAUGCAAUCAACUGAAUCAAUUCCAUUGACUUUAUAUGGCGGAAUUGAAGUAAACGGAGUGCCAGCAUACACUACUCCAAAACAGGCUGCACUGGAAUGUUCUCAGUUCAACGCCAGUGACACUGUUGUUGCCUUGGUGAACGAUGUUUUGUGGGAUCUCAACAGACCAUUGACUCAUAGCUGUCACAUCAAAUUGUUGUCACUUUCUGACAAUGUUCUUGCUAGGAAGGUGUUUUGGCAUUCGUCUGCACACAUCCUAGGCUGGGCAAUUGAGCAGUUUUUCAGCAAGCAUGUUGACGUAGAACUCUGUGAUGGUCCUGCAUUGGAUGAUGGGGGAUUUUAUUAUGACUUUUACAUUGGAGGCAAUACAGCAUCUGAGAAUGAUCUAGAACAGCUCACGAAAGCGGCUAGCGACAUUCUUGCGCUCAAUCAUUGUUUUGAACAUCUUACAUUGACGAAGAGUGUUGCACAAGAAAUGUUUCAACACAACAGGUUUAAGCUAAAUUUCAUUAGUCAGAUACCUAAUAAUGAAGAUGUCACAGUCUAUAAAUGUGGAGAUUUUAUUGAUUUGUGCAAAGGUCCACACAUUCCUAGCACACAACUUAUUAAUGCUAUUGAAAUGCACACGGUAGCUGGAGUUGAAGCCUCUUUGGGUCAGUCAAAGGUAUUGCUGCAACGAGUUUAUGGUAUGUCUACAGCAAGCAGAAAUGAGAUGUAUCAGUGGAAGGAAUCUCGAAGUGAAGCUCAUAAACGAGAUCACCGAGUAGUUGGUAGAUCACAGCAACUUUACAUGACCCAUCCAGACAGUCCGGGUAGUGUUUUCUUGUUACCACACGGUGUGAGGAUUAUCAGUGCAUUACGAAAGCUGCUAAAUGAACAUAACAGAUCAUAUGGAUACCAAGAGGUUAUAACACCACUCAUAUUUAGCCGAAAACUGUGGGAAACAUCUGGACACUGGGAACACUAUUCCGACAACAUGUUUACAGUGGGGCAUCAAGGCGGACAUCUGCAUCACGGAGGAGGUCAAGAGUAUGGACUCAAGCCUAUGAACUGCCCUGCACAUUGUCUUAUUUAUCAGCAGCACCAACGGUCAUACAGAGAAUUACCUCUGCGAUUUGCAGAAUUUAGUCCACUACACAGGAAUGAGAUCAGUGGUGCUCUGUCUGGUCUGACUCGUGUUCGUCAGUUUCAUCAAGACGAUGCUCAUAUUUUCUGUACAGCAGAACAACUGGCAGUCGAAGUCAGAUCUUGCUUAGAAUUUGUAGAAAAGAUAUAUGGAGCAUUUGGCUUUGAUUAUGAACUGCGAUUAUCAACGAGACCGUCUGAUUACAUGGGUGAAUUAAAACUAUGGGAAGAAGCGGAAUGUCAGCUGGAGACUUGCUUGCUGGAGUGCGGCUCUAAGUGGUCAAUAAAUGAGGGAGAUGGAGCAUUCUAUGGUCCUAAAAUUGAUGUUUUACUCACUGAUGCUAUUGGCAGGCAUCAUCAGACAGCCACAAUACAACUUGACUUUCAGCUACCGUAUCGUUUCAAGUUGAACUACAGAGGGCCUGACGACAAUCUACACACGCCUGUUAUGAUUCACAGAGCUAUUCUUGGAUCGUUUGAGAGAUUUCUUGGCAUAUUGACUGAACACUAUGCAGGCAAGUGGCCUUUCUGGAUAAGUCCUCGACAGUGUCUAGUUUGCACAGUUCACAGUGACCUGAACGAGUAUGCAAGAAACGUGCAGGCAAACAUUGUGGAUAGAAGUUUCUACUGCGAUGUCGAUGAAUCUGACUCAACCCUUGACAAGAAAGUAAGAAAUGGCCAGUUAAUGCAGUACAACUUCAUACUAGUUGUUGGACGGAGAGAGAAAGAAGGUAAUUUGCUUCAUGUACGCCACCGUGAUGGACAGCAAACACCGAUGUCAGUAAACAGCUUUUGCCAACAUUUGGUUGAUUUACAAACGUCAUUGAAAUAGUUAGAGCCUCGUAUGCAAAGUGAUUGAUAUCAGCGAG